AUGAAACAAGAAGCAUGUAGAAAAGAUGUAGAACGCGCAUUUGGAGUAUUGCAGUCAAGAUUUGCAAUCGUGGCAGAACCAGCGCGCUUAUGGAACAAGAGAGUGUUACAUGAUAUAAUGACUUCUUGUAUUAUUAUGCAUAAUAUGAUAAUAGAAGAUGAACGUGAUGUUAAUGCAACAAUUGAAGAACGAGUCGACGUGCAAAAUCCAGAAGUGGAGAUGCUAGGUGAUGAUGAUACUCGGUUUCAAGAAUUCCUUGCUCGACAUAAAAAAAUUAGGGAUAAAGAAGCUCAUAUUGAACUUCGAAAUACAUUAAUUGAACACUUAUGGGACGAGCAUGGUAACUCCGAGAAUUAG